ACGAGGCUCGUGUUUACAGACUGAAGACUGUUUUUUUUUUCACGUUUUCAUUUUCAACCAUGGACUCCAAAAUACACAUAGAAAUUGUUGGUUUAAUUAAAGACCGUAAUUUCCAUGUUGCCAAAAGUAUUGCUGAGGGAUUAAAACAGAAGUUUCCUGUCCCAUUUCUGGAUCCAAAAAUUACACCACUACUCGAAUUUGACUGGCACACAUAUCUGUGCCACAAGAAAAAGGAGCUGCGUGGUGAAGUGUGGCAGUACUCCAGCAGCCUGAUGUGCUUUCUGAACGGCCUUCUCCUUGGUAAUGAGAAGGCUCUCGCCGGCUGGGCUAAGAAUCAGUGGAGUUUCUCUUUCACUCGGCCGCAGGCUUUCUAUAUGGCUCUCACUGAGGACUACUACAGCAAACACCUGCGGGACACUGGGCAUAGGUUUGUCUUCAUGGAUAUUGAGAUAGCAGGAGAGGCCGUAGGGAGGUUAUUGUUUGAGCUGUUCUCAGAUGUUUGUCCAAAGACAUCAGAGAACUUUGAGGCUCUGUGCACAGGAGAACGCGGUCAGUCACAGAGCGGCUUCCCACUUUUCUACAAGGGCUCUGUGUUUCAUCGUGUGGUGCCCAAUGGCUGGGUGCAAGGAGGAGAUAUUUCUCCAGAGAGGAGAGGUGAUGGAGGGGAGUCUAUCUAUGGACCAACUUUUGAAGACGAGAGCUUUGCCGUGUCCCACAUAAGACGGGGCACUCUAGGAAUGGCCAAUAAGGGUCCCCACAGUAAUGCAUCCCAGUUCUACAUCACCCUGCAGCCCACACCCUGGAUGGACAGGACCUAUGUUGCCUUUGGUCGUGUGGUUGAGGGUGUCGACGUCCUCAAGAGAUUAGAGGGAGCUCUGACUUGCAAUGAAAGACCCAAGUAUGAAUGUAAAGUUAAGGAUUGUGGAGUGUUUAAGUUUUAAGCUUAGUGAUAAAACAUUUUCCCAAUGUUUAAUGUUUUUCAUGUAAUCAAAUAAACCUGGAAUACAUGUAACAUAUAAUU